UGGAAAGUGAACUGAGCAGGCGUGUGAUUGAGCUCACUCGGAAGCAAAGUAAUAAACGGCGUCUGGGUGGGUCCAUAACGAACAUAACAAAUAAAAGGUAAUUUAUUACCUAUGAAUAUUAGGUGACAGUUUAAUUUCAAAUGUUUGUUUGUUAUUGCUGUUAAGAUAUUGUUGUAUUUUGGGAUACUGGGUCUUGCGUUGCGAACAACACGAAGGAUCGUUCAAGGAAGGUCUGGUGCACCCAAUGCUUUGAACAAUAGACUGCGAUCAAACUCACACAUGGAGAUGGAGCAGUAUCAAUUUAUUUGAAACAAUAUUUAGCUAUCGAUUGAUACACGUCUCAGAACCAUGUCAGGGUUUUUGGACAGCAUCCGGUGCGGAGAAUGCGAGUGCAAUGUGGACUGGGGAGAGAGGCGAAACACCAUUGCAUCUAUAGCUGCUGGAGUCCUGUUUUUCACUGGUUGGUGGAUAAUCAUUGAUGCAGCUGUGAACUAUCCAGAUGAGGCGACUUUCCAUCACGCCUAUCACGCCUGUGGUGUCAUCGCUACUGUGGCCUUUCUCAUGAUCAAUGCUGUCUCAAAUGGCCAAGUGAGAGGGGACAGCUACAGUGAAGGUUGCAUUGGACAGACAGGAGCUCGUGUGUGGCUCUUCAUUGGCUUCAUGCUGGCGUUUGGAUCUCUUAUUGCUUCCAUGUGGAUCCUGUUCGGAGGCUUCGUAGUGCCCAAGAAACCUGUUGUGUAUCCUGGUAUUGCCGUUUUCUUUCAAAAUGCAUUCAUUUUCUUUGGGGGCUUGGUGUUUAAAUUUGGACGCACUGAAGACUUGUGGCAAUAAUGAUUUCUCUCCAUGUCAUACGAUCUGUUCUCUUUUUCUGAGACAGUCUACGCUUUGUUCAAUCAAAACACCUACUUUCUGUUUUUCAAGCAAUACAAAAUAUUCAUUUUGUAUGAUAACUUUUUUUUUAGCUUUUAGAUUAACAUUGGUAAAUUGGUUGUACAAAUGCACUUUUUACAAUAUAAAAAGCACAAUUUGCAAUUUCUCUUAAUGCAAUGUUAUUUUAUUUUCACUCAAAGUAUGGAGCUAUUCUGUUACAAUUUACCAUCUUACAUUAUGUAUAAUGGAAACCUUCAAAAACAGAUUAUUUACAAUACCCAUUUGCACUCUAAUGAUAUAUUUUGCUCCUUUUGAUGAGGAAAUGUUCAUUAUUAAGGUACAAACAUCUGAGGGGGAAAAUAUAGGACAUAUAUAUGUAUAUAUCUCGGAGGGUUAAUGUUGUAAGUAGAUUUACUUACUGUACAUUUACUGAAAAUAAUUGAACCUUCAAUGUGGGCAAACAAAAGUUUUACAAUAACUUGUCUAGAUGUGGAGUCUCUAAUUGAGUAGUUAUACUGAACCAUCAUUUGAAGGUUCUUAACUCAAGCUGUAGUUUGUGUGGUUUGAUUCAAGGUUUCAAUGCGUCUAUUCUUUGACUGUAUUUGACUGUAAUGCUUAUACAUUUACAGUACUUGUAUAUUAACCUAACCAGGAGGUCACUUUUCUGAUCCUGAACCACCAUGGCAGCAUUAAACACAAAAUGUACAACACA